CAAGGCCAAGUGGAGUUAUUUGGCCUUUUGGGGCCCAGCCCAGCCCACCCCAGACAAUCAGUGCAUUCCAUUAGCAUCUAAUUAAGUGUUUUUCUUGUUCCUCCUCAGAUGAGAUGAGAUGAGAUGAGAUCAGAUCAGAUCAUCGGCCGGUGAUCGACAGGCUUCCUUCCCUCCAGCUGCUCCCACCAAUCCAAUCCACCCAGGCCAGUGUGCUGCUCUGCUCUCAGGCCAAGGAGGGAUCGCAGGGAGGGAGAUGAGCGGCGGCCAGGACCAGGAGGAGGACAAAGCAUGGGGCUACGGCACCUUCCAGGGCCCGCCCAGCUACCCGCCCCCGCGCCCGCCGCCCCUCGGCUUCCCCCAGCCCGUCCCGCCGCCAGCCCACCACCGCGCCGCCGCUCGUCCCGAUCAAGAUUACGAAGCAGGUGUGCGUGGACAUGGACAUGACCGCCUCCCUUGUUGCGGCAUCGGUUUUGGCUGGUUUCUCAGGUUCCUUGUCGGCUUCUUCCUUGGUGCUAUUCCCUGGUAUGUUGGAGCCAUUCUGCUGUGGUGUUCCAGAGUGGACCACAGGGAGAAACCAGGCUUUGUCGCAUGCACAGUAGCUGCAGUCCUCGCUACACUUGCUGUGAUCAUUGGGGCGACUGCUGGAGCUCAUGUUUAUUGAUUUUUUUUUAUUUACACUAUAUUGUCAUUGUACAUAGUGCAAUGCUUUGUAGAUAUCAUCUCCAGUUCUCCAUUGUAAUGGCUCAUUGUUUUGCAUUUCGAUUCUUAAUGUUUAACGAGGGAAAAAGGCAUUGUUAUGGUCAUAAAUAAAUCAGACUGAGAUGACUUUAUUUGCCUUGUGAA